AUGUUGAAAGGAAUCAUGUGGUUCGAUGUCAUCAAGCGAGAAGGAGCAGCACAAAAUGCGACAGUAGACUGGUCCGUGACUCAAAACACAUCGAUGGCGCAAAACUUCGCCCAGGAUGUUCUGAACCAGCCAGGUGGAAGGGCAAGGUACAUGGGCCUGGAUGAACUCAAUGAAAUGCGCGGCUGCGCAGAUGAUGACGUGGAAGACUGCACAGAGACAAAGUGCUGUGUAUCUCCAGGGUCUACAUGCUACAAGAAGGAUGACGGGUGGGCUGCCUGUAUGGCCAGCUGUGUUCCGGGCAUCGACUACAGCGAACCUCCACAAUACCAGACACCUUGGAGUUGUGAGGAUUUGUCUGAGAUACAAACAUGCUCGGCCGAUAGAGUGGAGAAUUGUGCAGAGACAAGGUGCUGCAUAUCUCCGGGCUCUACAUGCUACAAGAAGGAUGACGGGUGGGCCGCAUGUCGGAGCAGCUGUGUUCCUGGAAUCGAUUUCAGUGAAGCUCCGCAGUUCCAGUCGCCUUGGAGUUGUGAAGUGUUAUCGGCUCCCACCGUGAUCCCAACACUGCCUCCUACAACAACGCCUCCCGUUAUAUGCUCAGAGGACAGAGUGGAAAGUUGUGCAGAGUCAAAGUGCUGCACGUCCUCAGGGUCCACAUGCUACAAGAAGGAUGAUGGUUGGGCCACAUGCAUGGCCAGCUGUGUUCCUGGAAUCGACUACAGCGAGCCUCCAUGGUACCAGACACCUUGGAGUUGUGAGGUGUUGUCGACCAUGCCUCCGACCUUACCCCCAACCGCACCUCCAACCUCGCCUCCGGUUGUGUGCUCAGAGGACAGAGUGGAGAAUUGUGGAGAGACAAGGUGCUGCACAUCCCAAGGGUCUACGUGCUACAAGAAGGAUGCUGGUUGGGCCACAUGCAUGACCAGCUGUGUUCCUGGCAUCGACUACAGCGAGCCUCCACAGUACCAGACACCUUGGAGUUGUGAG